CGCGCCGACCUCCGCCCGCGAGCGCCGCCGCCUCUCUUCCCCGCCCCCGCCCCUCCUGCGCCCUGCGCGUUGCCGGCGCCCUGCGCCAGUCGCUGACAGCCGCGGCGCUGCGAGCGUCCCUCUUCGCUUGCGAGGCAGGACUCCUGAAUAUACUUCAAACUGAACAAUUUCAACCAAGCCAAAGCAUUCUGUCUUCACUGAGGCACCAGUCCAGUUUAGAUCAGUCAUCAUGGUGAACCCUGGCUGCUGGCUGCUGGUUCUCUUCGUGGCCACAUUGAGUGACGUUGGCCUCUGCAAAAAGCGGCCAAAGCCUGGAGGAGGGUGGAACACUGGGGGAAGCCGUUACCCUGGGCAGGGCAGCCCUGGAGGCAACCGCUACCCACCCCAAGGUGGUGGUGGCUGGGGGCAGCCUCAUGGUGGUGGCUGGGGGCAACCCCAUGGUGGCGGAGGUUGGGGGCAACCCCAUGGUGGCGGUGGCUGGGGACAACCCCACGGUGGUGGCUGGGGGCAAGGAGGCACCCACAAUCAAUGGGGCAAGCCUAGUAAGCCAAAAACCAACAUGAAGCAUGUGGCAGGUGCUGCUGCGGCUGGGGCAGUGGUGGGGGGCCUUGGUGGCUACAUGCUGGGGAGUGCCAUGAGCCGGCCCCUUAUACAUUUUGGCAACGACUAUGAGGACCGUUACUACCGUGAAAACAUGUACCGUUACCCCAACCAAGUGUACUACAAGCCUGUGGAUCAGUACAGCAACCAGAACAACUUUGUGCAUGACUGCGUCAAUAUCACAGUCAAGCAGCACACAGUCACCACGACCACCAAAGGGGAGAACUUCACCGAGACCGACAUUAAGAUAAUGGAGCGCGUGGUGGAGCAGAUGUGCAUCACCCAGUACCAGCAGGAGGCCCAGGCUUACUAUCAGAGAGGAUCCAGCAUGGUCCUCUUCUCUUCCCCACCUGUGAUCCUCCUCAUCUCCUUCCUCAUUUUCCUGAUCGUGGGAUGAGGAAGGUCUUCCUGUUUCCAAGUCUUCUUUAUCUUGGUCCAGGGUCGGGGAGGGGGGUAUCCACCUGCAGCCAUUUUAGUGGUGGUGUCUCAUUCUUGCUUUUCUCUUCAUCCCCCUUAGGCUAUACCCUUGGCACUGAUGGGCACCAGAAAGUGUCGAGUAGACUUGGAUGCUGUUUAUUCAAGGGCCCUUUGAUUGAGUCCUUCGUGGACCAAGGCUAAUGCUGAGCCAGUAUAACAGUAAAUAAUCACUGGUUAAUCUAGGCUUAUUUUUGGUCUAGUGCAACAGAUAGAUAAAGACUAAAAUAGAUCUUAAAAUGGUCCUCAAAGACUUUUGCCUGAAUACCUCUGGCUCCUUUAGUAGCCAGAGCUCAGGGCAUGAAUGCCCUGGCUUAGCAAUGAUUUCAUAGUAGUUUGGAACUUUUUUCUCAUCCCUGUUAAGAAAACUUGAUAUCAUUUCUUCCAAGUUUGGAAGGGGGCCACAUAAUACUCAUUCAAAAGAAAAAACACUAGAAAUCCUCAACUCUUGGGCCGCAGGCUCAGCCCUGGAGCAUGUGCUGUGUUUUCAGAGAGCUGUGGUGACAUCUUGCUUUUUGCAGAAGGAACUACACAGCAGUUGCUGAAUUAGAGUAACUAUUAGUGUGACCCUAGAACUCCAGCCAGAGGACAUAUUCACAGGGGAUGGACAUAAUUAACACAGGCAAAAGACUUCUGAGACUGAAAAAUCCAGCAUUUGGGAAUGGUGCCUUUGGAGACAAGCUCCCAUUUGGGAUGUGUAGAGCAUCCACACGUGGCAUUCCUUUCUUUAGUAAAUAAAUCAUAGAUAAUUAAGGCAGCAAGAAAAGUUAGAUUGCCUCCUGAACACUGAAGGUGAAUCUUUGUUUCCCAGAAACUAGAGUGAUAUUAACCGUGUUUGGGUGACACCAGGAGAUGAAACUCCAAGGAAGGCUGCAGUUGCAAAACCAUGAUCCUCCUGGAGGAUUACGAAGUGAAGAAUGCGAAGAGGAGCUUGGGUUUCUUCAUUUCUGUCCCAUAAAUGUCAAAACCCAGGAUUAGGUCGAGUCUUCAGUUUCUCUAAUUGGCUUUUGAAUCAAAGAACAGGGAGACAAUCUAAAAAAUAUCUUAGGUUGCAGAUGACAGAAAUAACCAUUCUGAGUGGAAAAGGAAAUUCUGUAAAUGUUUAGAUAAGGUAAAGUUGUUCCCUAAAUUGUUCAAUAUUGUCACCUAGCAGAUAAAUAUUACUAUUCUGCAAUGUAAUUGGCUUGCACUAUAUGGGUGUUUUAUGUUUUAAAAAGUAUAUAUAAAAUAUAUAUUGCAUAUGACAAACUUAGAAGUUUUGUUUAGAGCAGUUAACAUCUGAAAUGUCUAACACAUUAAUGGUUUUGUAAGGUACUAAGUACUUAAUAUGUGGGAAAGGCUGUUGUGUGGCCCUUAGGCUUACAAUGUGCACUGAAUAGUUUUGUAUAUGAAUCCAAAGUGAACACCACUAACUGGUCUUUGAAAUAUGCAUGUACUUUAUAUUUUCUAUAUUUGUAACUUUGCAUGUAUUUGUUUUGUUGUAUAAAAAUUUAUAAAUGUUUAUUAUCUGACUGAAAUUAAACAAGAGCUAAGAUGAGCACCAC